ACAACAUGUCAUUAGUUGUGAGCGCUGAGCACAUUAUGUUAUGGAGCUGAUGUGUCCUUUCUGUGGAGAUGAUUGAUCUGUCAUGAGGAAAUGUGGGUGUGUGACAAGCUGCCAUGACGGACAGUAGCACUCGGACGAGGGAGAGGUGGGUGGAAUGGCAGCAGGGGAUGCAUAAGAGGAAGAAGGAUUAGGUUCUGAAUGGUGGAUGUCUGAAGGAACUGAAGAGGAAUCUCUUCUGAUACCGGAGAAAAUAAGAUGGGUACAUUUGUGACUCUGGCAGAAGUGUUGGAGGCCCGGGGUUCACCACUGGAUGAGGAUGAGGUCUGGUGUCUGCUGCUUGCCACCACUGAGGCCUUGCUGGACAUUUCCAAAAAAGGUUCAGGUAACAUGUGCAGUGUGUUGAGCCCAGGCUCGGUGCUGCUGUCAGCCAAUGGGAGUCUGGCCUUCAAGAGCUGUGCCCGAUACGAAGACGUGGCCUCCUUCACAGCUCCUGAGGUCCAGCAGGGUCAUGCUGCCUCCACCAGGACUGCAGCUGAAAAGAUGGUUGUGUACUCACUGGGGAUGACUCUUUACUGGUGCGUUGAUUAUCAUCUACCUCAAAACCAGCCGGUCCAGCUGAGUGCAGAGCUGGAGGGUUUGCUCCUGAGCAUGUGCGAGGACAUGGUGGUUAGGCGGACCGACCUGCUGACGGUGCUGGAGACCUGUGAGCUUCACCACAAGGCCUCAGUGCUGCCUCCUGCUGAACGGCUCAUCAGGCAGCUGGUAGAAGAUGUCUACAGAAACUCAAUUGAUCAUGUGUCCAUGGCUGAAAAUGGAUCCCACCUAACAGACCGCAGUCAAAUGGUCAGGGACAGAUUACACAGAGGAUCCUUUAGUAACUCAACAUGGGCGCUGAAGAAGAAGAUUUCUAGAACAUUCUCCGGAGCAUCUUAUCCAUGCGAGGCCACAGGGAUUCCCUCAGGAGGCCGACACAGGGAGAGUUACGGCAACUGGCAGCAGCUGAACCACAGCCCCUGCAGUCCGUGCAUGGAUGGCAAUCGAAACUCCAACUCAAGAUCCCUCAGACAGUUUGAGUCCACAAUGAGUCUGAAUGACAAGAAAGCGAAGGACAUGGGUCCCGAGUUUAUUAGGAUGUUAGACGAGCCGCUGGUUGUCUUGGAGCUGCCUGGAUCCAUCGUGUCAAAGAAAGGGAAGUCUCCAACCACUCAGAGAGAGCUGAGUGUGGUGAUGCCAAACGGUCAGAGCAUCCUGGUCAAGUGUGAGGUGAAAUCCAGAGGAGGGGACGUCUUUGACAUGAUUGUGGCUCACUCCAACCUGAUGGAACAUUUCUACUUUGGCCUUGCUUAUAUUGAUGAUAAUGAGUUUUUCUUUGUGGACAAUGAUACCAAGAUUUCCAAAGUUGCUCCAGAUAGCUGGAAGAAAGUGCCUACAACCACCUUUGUCCUUUUCUUCAGGGUCAAAUUCUUUGUCAAUGACAUUUCUCUUCUUUUGCACAAGCAGACGCGCCACCAGUAUUACCUCCAGCUCAGGAGAGACCUUUUGGAGGACAGGCUGUCCUGCCACGAGGAGACGGCUCUGUACCUGGGAGCUCUGGCCCUGCAGACGGAGUGUGGAGACUGCAUGGCUGAGGUGUACGGUAGGAACUACUACCGCCCUGACCAGUAUGUCUCCAAGAGCGUGAUGGAGAAACGUGCCUUGCCUUACAUUCAGGGGGAGCUGCUACGACUUCACACCACCAACACUCAGAUGCUUACCGACGAAUCAGAGCUUGAGUUCCUCAAGGUGUGUCAGCAGUUGCCUGAAUACGGCGUGCUGUUCCACCGUGUGAUGCGUGAGAAAAAGCCUUUUGAAGGAGAUAUUUUCCUCGGGGUUUGUGCCAAAGGAGUCAUCGUCUACGAGGUUAAAGAUGGCUGCCGAUCCACCAGUCAGAAUUUCUACUGGAGGGAGACAGCAACAAUCUCCUCUAAUAGACGUAAAUUUGUAGUAGAGAGCCGGGGCAGCAAGAAGAAGUACACCUUCAUCACAGAGAGAUCCAAGAUAGCUAAAUAUCUGUGUAACCUCUGCUCAGCCCAGCACAAGUUCAACAAUGAGAUGAACUCUCGCCAGCUCAGCCACAGCCUGGUCUCAGAGGAGCACAUCGUGCAGUAUGCCGCGGCGUGUUGCGCUCAGAGCAGCCGGCUCAAGUCCUUCUCCUGUUCAGAGACGCCACAGGAUGACAGCGGCCUGACCACGCCUCAGGAUGAUUCCCUGACCAAGCUGUGUGAUGACGUCGCAGCCAGGAUCGAGGCCCGCAUCAAACAGCAGCGCCAGAGCCUUAAUGAGCAGAGUACCUGCUCCAGCAGUCAGCGCAGCAGCACGGGCAUGCGUUCCCCAGCCUGUUCUCAGAGGAGCGGAUCUGAAGCGCCUUCUGGCUCCCCAGCACACAGAGAAACUCCGACAAAACUAAGGUCAUCGUCAGAGAGAGAGGUCAUAUGUGUUUCUUUAAAGAAAGACCCAAAGCUUGGCCUGGGUAUAGUGAUAGUGGGAGAGGACACUGUUGGGCAUUACGACUUAGGCAUCUUUGUUGCUUCCAUUGUGCCUGGUGGACCAGCUGAUAAGGAUGGACGCAUCCGACCAGGUGGUCGUCUGAUCUCUCUGAACCACGUCAGCCUGGAGGGUGUCACCUAUAGUGAGGCAGCAGAGGUCAUGCAGAGCAGCCCCGAGGAGGUGCAGCUCAUUAUCUCACAGCCAAAAGCCAGCAGCUGUGAGCUUAGCUCAGCAUCAAAGACUGGAAACGGGGAAACAGCGAGCCUGGCUCCGUCCACAGUCCCCCUCAGUCCCAUCAGUGUGCGCUCUCCCAUGUUGAAGAAUUACGAGUCCCAGACCAUGCUGAUGGCAGACGGACGAUCAGGAGACGAUAGCUUGGAUGAGAUUGUUUCGGUCAUGAUGACGCCGAAGACCGGCAACAGGCUUCACGUCCCCCGAGAAGUACGAGUCCUCUGUGCACAGGACAGCUGCUCUUCGUCUCCCUCUCUAAACUGUGUGAGGCCGGAGGAGAUCAGCGUGGAGCUCAGGAAGAUAUCAGGAAGUCUGGGCAUCAGCAUCUCUGGUGGUGUCAAGACUAACCUUCCUAAUGGAGGAAUCUACAUCAGAAGCCUUGUUCCAGGAGGGGCUGCUGAGAGAGACGGACGUGUACAUACAGGUGACAGACUGUUGGAGGUGGAUGGGAUUAGCUUCCAGGGCUUCACCUACCAGCAGGCUGUGGAGUGUCUGAGUAAAACUGGAGAGGUCGUGAACUUGGUUGUGGAGAGGGAGUUGAUGAACCUACCCAGGGUUUCUCUCAGUGCAGACACCAGCAGCAGUGUAUCCAGUCAGAGCAUCAGUCCAGCAACCAGCCCGCUACGGAUCAACAACUGCUCUUCUAUCAGUACUCCUCCAAACACGAUCUCUGACCGGCCCAGGGACUACAGCUUUGUCACUGAUGAAGGCUGGAGAGAACAUGCAAAUAACACCCAGGAAGUGACUCUGACUAAAAGUGCCAACGGCCUGGGCUUCAGCUUCCUAAUGUGCGAGCUGGAUCCGCCCACUCGGGACUUUGGCAGCCUGGUCCGGAUAAAGCAGCUUUUCCCCGGCCAGCCAGCCCAGCAGAGCGGCAGGAUCCAGGAGGGAGACGUCCUGUUGGCCAUCAAUGGCCAGCCACUCAAAGAGCUGUCCUAUCCAGUUUCUUCACCCUGACAGGAGAAUCAGAUUAAUAAGGAAAUACUGAUACGUAUACUUUUUUGUAAUAACUUGUGUUUUAAAAAUAUUAAAGAUCUGCAGCUUCAUUAUCUGUCUAUACAGUACAUCCCUGUUAAAACUUCUCUCUUCUUUCUGUAGAGGGUGCUAAAGUUGUUCAAGACUUCACCACCUGAGGUUCGACUGACUCUCUGUCGGCCUGCACCAGGGAUCCUUCCGUCCAUUGAUCAGUUUACUGGCACAUGAGUAAUGUCACAGUAUUAUAGAGCACCAGCAUCGAUGGAUGUUCAGAAGCAACACUGUGCUUCCUGAUCAAUCAGGAAGUGGUGAUGGAGACCGAGGACAGAAUGAAUGAUAGCGGUGUUAUCGAUGGACUCCAACGCUGCAGAAAGGCAUACUGAAGAAACAGUGACGGCCCAGGAGAGCGGAGAGGUUGGAGGCUGAGCUCAGUGAUUUAUUGGUAAAAUUAUUCUUGAGGGAUGAGGGAACAUAAUUAUUAAACAUGUUUAAUACGUACAUGUUUUUUUCAGAUUAUGUUUGAUUAUACAGUUCAUUUCAUACAAAAUGUAUAAUUCAUAUAGAAAAGUAAGCUCGGAUCUCAUCAGCCUAGAAUUGACUAGAUAUGUCGUUGCAGUUCUGACGCCUGAAUGCAGAUUUUAUAGUAUUUCAUUUUAAAACAUUCACUUUUGUGGAUGGAAACUAAACCGAUAACAAUCGAUACUCUGCAGGUUUUCACAUAAACUAAACACAAAAGCCAUUGAUUUUGCUGAUUAUUUGAUCCCCUUUGUUGAUGAAAAUAUGCAAAUCAAUAAGAUUGGCUAUUGUUGUGGCUGGUUAUGCCUUGUUGGUUCAUGGCAAUGCAUCACACGAUCAUACCAAAUUCAUGGGCAGACACAGAAAUUCUGUUGACGUAAACUUUUACAUUAUCUCAACAAUCUAUCAUCUAAACCUAAAUAUAACCAUUUUCUAAAUCAAAUGUAAUCUCAAGGCUUUUAUCCAAACAUAAACAUUUCUAAUCUUAUGUCUAUGCAACAUUUCAGGUCAAAGAACCUCUACUUAUAACUGUGGUUUGAUCCAUGAUUUCAUGAAACCACUGGCCUACAAGCAGCCUUCAUCAACUUUUAUUACCCGUUCAUCUCUCAACCACAAGGUGGCAGCAUAGUGCUGCAAGUGACAACGCUUUGUACAGCAAACAGCAAUCAUCCAUGCUGCCGAGUCUCACUUUUCAGUUAACAGUAUUUCAUGGAAAAAAGAGGGAAGCUAAUAGCGUGAUUAUUUUUCUCCUCCACAGCAAAUCCAAAAGAGACUUUUUGUUGACACCAAAAGAAGAAGACGACUAAAAUAAACUGUAACAGAAUUAUUGGUAUAGAUUUUGUUGAGGACACAAAAACUCCUCCACAGAUGUGCAGAAUAUGUUGCAUCUCGAAAUGACAAAGCUAAUUGUGAAUUGUCUAUCAUUAAAAGGAAUUUAACCUUUU